AAAUUCUGUAAUCACUUAUCACGGACGUACAUGACGUCAUUCUUUGUAUCGUGUCGUUUUCUCAUGUCCGUGUGACGUCAUAGCAUUUCAAAGUGACGUCAUGUAUGCAUUGUCCUGACACCAAAUACUCAACAUCGGAAAUUUGAACACUGCUUCAUGUACAGUCCUUUUAAUUCAACCAAUGAUUAAAAAGCUGUGACAUACAGAUGUAAUGCUCAUUGUAAAUACAAAGAUUCAUAAAUGUUUAUGUAUUAUAUGUCUUUAAGCAAUUUUAAAAAAUCUAUUUUUAGAUCGAAAUCAACAACAAAGAAAAAAAGGGAUUUCUGUCUUUCUGACUGAUUUAUCUCUACCUAUUUCCGUUUAAGAGUACGCAAAUUUAAACUAACAAUGUUGGUAUUUGAGAAAUACCCCAUGGUGCUGAAGCUGUGAUACUGAUUGAAAGUAUGAUUGAUUAUAAAAAGAAAUGAACAUUAAAAUAAUGUGUUUUUUUAAAAAGACGAUUAUAUCCCAAACGAGCAUUUGGAUAGAAUAUAUUAGUUUUAAAACGGACAAUUUACUCCCAAGCGAGCAUUUCAUUCUUUAAAUCAUCAUGCUAGAAGUACUUGUAAACACAAACGAUCGCAUUGUAUGACAAGGCCCCCGACUUUAGCAUUCAAUCCAGUAAGUACCUCCGCUGUUAUCUGUGUACUGAUUUCCGUCCCACGCCAUUUCACUUCCUUGGUAGGGUCAACAUGGUGUGCACAGAAGAUGAAAGGACAGACUGAGUUGCCGACAUAAUGCUUAUGAUAUGGCUUUUUGUUUGUUGUAUACGGCUGAUGCACGUUGACGGUGAACAGAUAGUACAAACACAUGGGACACUCCAUAUCAUCAACGCUAAAACAAACUGGUGGGAAUCUCGGUAUAGAUGUCGCGAAGAUUUCCAAGGCGAUUUAUUGCAAUCUGAAGACAUUCCUCAAGACGCAGCUGAUCAGCUAAAUCGUUCAGCCUAUUACUGGAUCGGAGCUAUGACGUAUGGAACAUGGAAAUGGACAAUUGACAACACGGCGCUGUAUCAGUACGCUGGCUACAGACAGCUACCAGCUGUACCCACAGGGAAUAGGACUUUUGUUGACAACUCAGUGUUCCGGUGCAAUCUUCACUGCAAGGAGGACUACUCGGUGUUUGGCCUUAGUGACAACACAUGCUACUGUCUUCAAGACGUCCCCGAAGAUGCAUCGAAGAUACGUGGUGCCGAGGCCCAGUGUGCUGGUAACUUGGAUGAAAGUUGUGGCGACAUGGAUGGAAUGUCCGUUUAUGUCCUGGGAGAAACGCCGUUCAUCCCUAAAACGACCGGAAAAUGUGCAUAUGUUUAUAAAAACUAUGCAGGACACAUUUACAUAACGACAACUGCAUGUGCAGAAUCGAAAAAAUUUGUAUGCUCUUUUACAAAUGGGACUCCGGGCUACGGAUGCAGUUUUGAUGUAAAACAUAACACUCUACAAUGGACAGAGUCGAAUGACAGCUGCAAUCUACUCAAAUUAACUACAAAUUGUCCAAACCUCAAAGAUCUACUAACGGAUCCCUCGGACUUUUGGAUUGGUUUGCGUAUGGCGACGUCAAUAACAUGGCUAAAUGGGAGCGAUGUGGUCAGUGGCGCACCUAAAGAAGGAACUGAACCCUCCAGCGCCCUGCCAACAUGUCUAGCGGUUAUUAAAGAUCCGUCGUCUGAUAUCAUGAGAUUCGAGUGGCUAUCGUGUUCCCUGCCUCAAAGAUACAUUUGUAAAGUUGGACUGACGGAAAACUUUGGAAUCACAGGUGCAAGUGGAAAUGGAAUGUACGUUGGAAUUAGCAUUGGGUGUGUCUUCAUUGGGACAGCCAUCCUUCUUCUGGUCGUCAUGAGAAGACAGAGAAUGCUGUGUUUUAAGUGUCAAGAUGGGGGUCAACGAGUGCAUUACCACUCAGCGACGGGAAGGACGACUAACGGUGUAGAUACUGACAUUAAGCCUGAAAACUCAGAAUACUGUGUCAUAGACAAACAUGAACCAAGGCUUACAACAUCAUCUGCGCAGACAAAAGAAGAUUAUAACGUCUUGUCGCUAAAGACUAAACAGAAGAGUCUGAGGACACGUGGACACUCCUACAGUCACCUCUCCGGAUCUGGAAAACAUCUUAAGUACAGAGGAGACUACGACACGGCGGAGUCUGUGCAGCAUGCAGGGGACAGGGGUGGUGGGGCUAUAGGAGGGUACAGGACAAUUCAUUCUGACGGCGAGCAGAAAGGUGAACACGGUUGUGUCCUGUCAGAAGGCUCUGAGGAGGAGAAGUACAACGUUCUCGGCAAGUUCGUCUCGUCACGAAAGGGUUGUAGUCAUGCUGGUGUGUACGACCACAUAGGUACAGACGAGGGACAUUAUGACGUUACAUUACAGGGGAAAAAUGCCAGAGAAGCAGAAUCGUACAGUCACAUCAGUAGGCCUUACACGUGUUUGGAGGACGGGCACUACGACGUUGCAAGUACAGGGCAAAUGGAAAACACACAUGAUGGUACCCAUAACCACGUCGGUUGAAUGCCAGCAAUCUCUGUCAUUUAAAUAAUGGUUAAAGUCGACAGAUCAUGGGGUCUUGUUAAUAAUGUUGAACAAACCUAGUUAAACGAGACGGAGGAAGGAAAUAUAUAGAGUAUCACAAAGGAACAGUGUGUGUGGAAUGAAAAGUUCAAAUUUCAAAUAUAGAAGAACUAUCAUAUUUAUAUAUUUGAAUUUCAUUUCAAUCAUAAUUUCCUUGCAGUUGAUUAUAUGGUCCGUUCAUGCAAAGUUUUGUGAAAAAAAAUGAUUAAACUUAGUUUUGAGAUAUUUAAACAUCUGUAGGGAUGUGUAUUUAAUAAAAUGAAUUAAUUGCA